GACUAAAAUAAAAAAUAAUUUUUUCUUCAAAUUCCUGGAGAGUUUGCUUAAUAUUGCUGCAGCACUCUGGUACCCAGUGAAAUAUUUAUGCAGUUCAUUUAACAAAUACUAUUUAAGUUUGAAGCAGUGGAUGACUUACUUUUUUGCAUUAUAGAACAGAAAGACUUUUGAAAGGGCAAAGAAUGCAAAAAGGACGAUGAGCAUGGAGCUCCAAAAAACUGAAGGAGAAGUAGAGAUUAGUCUACUUAAGCAACGGGUCCAUGAACAGGAGGCUUUGCUGGCUGAAAAACAAGCACAGCUGGAAAAGUUGGAAGGGGAGCUAGAAACAAAACAGAAGAUAAUUGAUGAUCUAAACUUUCAGAAAUCCCAGCUGGGGCAUGAUGUUCAUCUGUAUCGCACCAAAUUAGAGAUUGCAGUGAAAGACAAAGCUGCCAGUGAGCAGGAGUUAAGCCAUACAAAGCAAUUGGUUGAACAGGCAGAGGCCAAGUGGUCUUUGGCUCAGAGAAAACUAGAGGACCUGUUAAAGGAAAGAAAUGACGGCCAGGAUCUUAAGAAGCAGAGCCCUGAAGUUAAGAGAAAAAUAAAUGUCCAGGAAGGUACUGAAUUAAAGUUUCUAAUUCAAGUCCAGGCUAAAACAAAUGACCUGGCUCAGCAGCCUUUGGUAAAUGACAGUCAGCUGACUGCUGACAGUGAGCCAUCCGCAGAAAAUGGCAGCAUGAUGAGGGAAGUCUUGCAACAGAAACUAGAGGAAAUACAUGUGGUCCAGCAAAGAGCAGAAAUGGCUGAGGAGAAAGCACAAAGUUAUAAAAAGCUGUUGGAUGACAGCUGUAACAGAGUGAAGAAACUUCAGAUGGACAUGGAAACAGAGAAGCUCAACAUGCGACAGAAAUCUGAUAAGCUCCAGCAAGAAACAAUGAUCAUGAAGAAAUCCAUCAGUGAACUACAAGAGGAAAUCCGAAAUCUCCAAAGAGCAAAAUCUUCACUGGAACAAAACACCAUUUUCCAAAGCACUGAAGUUGAAGGCCUUAAAGAGCAGUUGAAAAUCACCCAAGAAGAGCUGCAUAAGAAAAGCUCCAUGGAGCAGGAAUAUAUUUACAAAAUUAACAACUUAGAUGAAGAGCUAGCUUCCAAGCAGUCAGCAAUAGAUCAGCUGAAGUUUAAAUGCAAUGAGCUGACGAGGACCAGUAUCUCAUCUGACAAUGGUAUUAGAAGUCUUCAGAUCCAAAUCGAGUCACUGGAAAAAAAGAGAUCAAAGUCUGAGCAAAAGAUGAAGUUUUUGAAGAGUGAGAUGGAGAAGUGGCAGCAGCAGCUUUACACUGCUAAGGAGGAAAAUACUGUAAUAAAGAUAUCUGAGCAGGCAGCCCAACACAAAUGUAAAAACCUUGAAGCAGAACUUCAGAAAAGCGAAUUGGUUGUUUCUCAGUUGCAGAAGAAAGUUGAUGAGUUAAAAGUCAUAAAUAUGGAGAUGGAAACGAACCUAAAGAACAUAAGAGCUAAACUUCAUCAGGUGACGAUGGAAAUGAACAGCAAAGACCAGAAAAUUCAAAUCUUCCAGUCUCAGGUGGAGGGCACCAAAUCACAGAUCAGAAUCAUUGAGGAGGAACUAAAUAAGAAAUCCCAUACCUCCUGUGAGCUUCAAAUUAAACUGCAGGAUUACAGUGAGAAGUUAAGGAAAGUGAAUGAACAAAUCAAAAUGCUCAGUUCAGACAUUGACAAUUAUGAGAAAGAAAUAACAACUUUGAAAUCAGAGCUAAAGUCAGCACUUAGUGAGAAGAAUUUAGCAAAUCAGAAGGUCCAUAUGCAAACUGUUGAAAUUAAUGAUCUCAAUAUGCUGCUAAAGAAGAAAAAUGCAGAGCUGGAAGAAAGGACCACUGAGAGUAAAAAACAUACCAGUAAAGCCAAGGCAUCAGAAGACGAGCUUUUCAAACAACAGCACAGUAAAGGGCUCACGAGCAGCUCGGAGACAAUUACAGAAAACCUAAAGCAGGAAGUGUAUGCUCUUCAGAAUGAUAAGAAAGCAGCAGAAAGGAAAUUAGAGAGUCUUAAUGUUAAACUUUCAGAGUUGAGCUCUUCCUUGCAACAAACUAAAGAUGAAUUGGCUAAAGAGAAGAAAGAAGGGAAAAUCAAAGAAACAAAAAUAUUUCAGCUGGAGACUGAGCUUGAGAAAAAUAAAGCGACGGUCAAAGAUUUAACGCCUAUUUCUGACAAAUCACGAUCGAAUCUGCAGCACGAGAAUCUGCUUCUUAAGAAGGAGAAAGCUGAGGCACUGCAGAAAAACAUCUCGUUGGGUUCCGAAAUCAGAACGCUGAAAGGCAAGCUGCAACAGGCCCAAACAGAAGCCGAGCAAAAGCAAAAAGAAAACUCCGUCCUUCAGCUGAGGGCCCAGCAGAUGGAAGAACAGUUGGAGAAGUGCAAGAAAAUGCUCGAGGAGUUAAAGAGUAAACUAGAACUUCAGAAGGAGGGCUACGAGAGGCAGCUGUUGCUAGUGCAGACUGAAAUAGAGAAAAAACUUAUUUUACUGCAGUCUGAAAUCACAAAUGGAACUGAGAAGUCAGAUCUGCCAUCACAUAGUUCAGAAUUAGCAGAAAUGCUUAACAAGUAUUUCAGACAAGACCUUACACAGAUAACAGUGCAUCAAACCACAGUGGAAUCAAAGCAUCAAACGGACCAACAGCUGCAGCUGCAGAUGAAAGUGGACACACUGCAGCAAGAAAGAACAAAACUCAACCAAGAAUUGUCAAAGGCAAAAUCACAAAUUACCCAACAUGAGGAAGACAAACUUAAACUAAACUUAAAAAUUAAUACCUUACAGAGCCUUUGCAAUGAACAGUCGAAGGAGUCGGCUAAGUUUAAACAGUUGUUGACUGACAGUGAUUGGAAACUGAUGCUGAGGGAAAAUCAAGAGAGAUCCGUUCAGGACCAAAUAGAGUCAUAUGUCAAAGAGAUUAAAAUCCUUCAGGAAAAGCUCUUGAUGCUGGGGGUCAGAAUGAAGACGGAACACCAGAAGAUUAAUCAACCAGAGGUCAGCGAAAGCAGUGAUCAGUAUAUGAAAGACAACGCCACUACUUCCUUGAAGACAGAAUUUACAGUGAUGCAGAAGAUGUCAUCCCCAUAUGAAGGUGUAAAAUACAACAUGGAGGACGAGAUUCUCAAAAUGAAAGUGUCCUCAGAGGUUGCAUCAUCAGAAAAAGAAAGCAUCCUUGAAGGACUGAAACAAGACAAACAAAACAAAACUGAUGUCAUUUACAGCCAAAACCUUCAUGAUUCACCAGUAAAGUCAACACUGAGUAGCUCUACUCCCAUUCUCCUUGAAAAAGACAUGCAAAACAUGACCUGUAAGAGCCAAAACAAAGCCGAUGAGCCCAUGGCUGUAACAACACAUGGAGACAUGGCUCUCUGUGGACUAACAGAGCAACAGCUCAACGAAACCCGCAGCGCCACUAAGACAAGAAUGUAUCGUAUCAAAGAAAUCAGUGAAGCUGUAAACAUGUCAGAGAAGAGUUCCACACACACUGAUGGAAAAGUGAGUGUGAUAUAUUCAACUUCCCAAAAAUCACAUUCAGAGAAGCUCCCAGAACUCAAAGGCAGCACAAGUCUUCAAAGUUUGAUCAAAUUCAAGCUUUUAGAUGAAGAGGUUUUGCAUAAGUUUGAGAUGGGCCUCAUCACAAUGGAAGAGCUGCAAGUGUCGCUUGCUCAGUACAUCGGCAAACCAACUACUAUUGCUGGAGUUUAUGUGGAGUCAAGUAAGAAAAAGAUAUCCUUCCUAGAAGCUGCUGAGAAGGGCUUCUUAGCAAAGACUUACGCACUUGAGUUUCUCGAGGCACAGGCUGCAACAGGAAGUCUUACAGAUCUGGCCACAGGACAAACCUGUUCAGUUGCUGAGGCUCUAGAGAGAGGUAUUAUAGAGACAGGCCUGAAAGAUAAACUGACGGAGGCUGAGAAAGCUGUUCAAGGCUACAUCCAUGCUGGCAAAAAGUUGUCUGUGUUUCAGGCAAUGGAGGAAAGGAUUCUUGAUAGAUACAAAGGCAAGAAAAUCCUUGAGGUCCAGGUCUCUACAGGAGGACUAAUCAAGCCGGAGACUGGUGUCAGGGUGCCAGCUAACAUUGCUGUUGACCACGGUCUUUUAGACAAGGAGACUCUACAGAGUCUGUAUGAUCCAGUCAGCAGCCCUAGAGGUUUCCACAAUCCUGACACUGGUCAGAAAGCAUACUACUCUGAACUACUCAAGACUUGCCUCUACGACAUUGAUGGUUGUGUGUUUCUCUUCCCGUUUGGUGAGAGACAUCUAACAAACUCCUCUCCCAUGAGUUCUCAUAGAGUGUCUGUUGUCAGCAGUAGCUGUGGCAUGGAAAUGUCAGUAUAUGAAGCAUUCAAGGGGAAACAUAUUGACAAGAGGACGUACCUGUUCCUGUCACAGCAGGAAAGCAAUUGGGUGGAAAAGCCCAUAGUUGAUGCCAAUGGAAAGACACGUCACAUCAUUACUGAUGACACAAGAGGCCGACAACUUUGUCUGGAGUCCGCCCUAAGUCAGAGGUUUCUUGAAACAUCUGAGCUUGAAAGCUAUCGCAGUGGGCUCCUUAGUAUCUAUGAAAUUGCAGACAUCAUAUUUUCAAGAAUGGUUGUCGUGGAGGAUGUUAACAGCCCAGUUGCUGGUCUUUGGGACAUUGCUCAGGGGAAGAGGCUGUCAAUUCUUCAGGGGUUUCAGCAGGGCUUUACUGACAGAGCUACUGCCUUGAGGCUGUUGGAGGCCCAGGCCUGCACUGGAGGUAUUUGCGACCCCUCUUCAGGGGAGAGAAUUUCUCUCUCUGAGGCUCUCAAAAGAGGUUUUUUAGAUGAGGGAUUGAAACAGCAGCUCCAGCCAUUUGCGAACGCAUUUAAUGGCAUUGUUCACCCCAAGACUGCAAAGACUUUGUCAGUUUCUCAGGCUCUCCAGGAAAAUGUCUUCCCAAAGGAUGCCGGCUUUCGCUGUAUCGAGUUCCAGCUCCUUACAGGAGGACUGAUAAACCCUGACACUCAUGACAGAGUCUCACUUGAGGAAGUCGUUCAGAGCGGUCUUGUUGACAAAGUUACUGCCAGUGCACUCAAAGAUGAGAAGUUCCACACCAAAAUCCUCACCUGUCCAAAGACCAAGAGAAGAAUCACAUUCAGAGAAGCACUUGAAAGAAGUGUGUACGACUGCCACACAGGGUUAAGGUUACUGGAGGCUGCAAAAGUUAAUGGUUUUGGAGCCAUAUCAUCAUUUCAUUAUGUUUUGAUGUAUUCGCAAUAAACAGUUGUAAAUAGAUGGUUGUGUGAUGCAUAAAAACAAAACCUGCAUAUAGGAUUUUAUUGUACGACUGCCACACAGGGUUAAGGUUACUGGAGGCUGCAAAAGUUAAUGGUUUUGGAGCCAUAUCAUCAUUUCAUUAUGUUUUGAUGUAUUCGCAAUAAACAGUUGUAAAUAGAUGGUUGUGUGAUGCAUAAAAACAAAACCUGCAUAUAGGAUUUUAUUGUACGACUGCCACACAGGGUUAAGGUUACUGGAGGCUGCAAAAGUUAAUGGUUUUGGAGCCAUAUCAUCAUUUCAUUAUGUUUUGAUGUAUUCGCAAUAAACAGUUGUAAAUAGAUGGUUGUGUGAUGCAUAAAAACAAAACCUGCAUAUAGGAUUUUAUUUGACUUUGUGUUUGGCUUUAACGUUGCCUCGUCUUUACUGUUGAAUAAUCUUGUUGAUUUACACACAUAUUCUAAGUGAUUUAUGCAACUGAUUGUAUAUUUUGAGCUUUUGUGUUUUUAAUCUGAUUAUAAAUGUCUUUAGGCAAAACACCAAUACCCCACCCCCAGGAUUCAACCUCAACUGUUUUUUGUUUUUGUACUUUGUAACAAAGUUAUCAAUCUUGUCAAAAACCCAUCUCUUC